AUGCGUAACUACUAUGUUGUUUUUGCAUCAAGUUCACCCGAUGGCAUUCAGGAGCGAACAGUACAUGAACUAGUUGAAUGGCACAAAUCAACGGGCACACCAGUAUCAGCCAGCAGCCAUGCGAAGCUAGUCAAAGGAAUUGUUCGGCAGCCUUGGCUUCUUACCCACGAUGAAAUCCAGUUGCAGAAGAAACUUGGUGAAGGAGCUUUUGGCGAGGUCUAUUUGGCCCAAUAUAUACAAGCGAAACAAGUAGUUAGUGUGGCGGUGAAAACGAUGCGCGAAGAGGCAUCACGGCAGGCACGUUUGAAAUUCAUGAAAGAAGCUCGAAUUAUGCGUAAAUUUGAGCACCCAAACGUGAUCAAGAUUAUGGGUAUCGUUGUUUUCGAGAAUCCGAUAAUGAUCGUCAUGGAACUCUGCCCAGCAGUUCUUUCAGGAGGUUCAGUGCUUGGUUAUUUAAGAAAGAAUGUGCCGGUUAAUUUGGAAACAAAAUUGCGUUUUGCAACGGAGGCCAGCGCAGGACUUGCAUAUUUAGAAUCGAAACAUUGCUUACAUAGGCGAGCCUUGUCCCUGUUUCAAUUAAUUAAUUAUGUUCCUAGUACCAAUUCGAACUUGAUGUUGGAGCAAUUCUGGGAUAGUCAACCGAAGGCAAAACGGCUUUGCAAAUUUAACAAAUUUUGCUUCUUUAGAGACAUAGCGGCACGGAAUUGCUUACUAUCGGAGAAGUUACAAGUGAAAAUCAGCGAUUUUGGGAUGUCUGAUGAGCGACGAUUUAUUCACGACGAAAAACUUGAGAAAGUACCAAUGAAAUGGCUCGCUCCAGAAACAAUGCAGCAACGAAUUUUCUCGUCCAAGACCGAUGUAUGGUCCUAUGGCGUCUUGGUGUGGGAAGUCUAUGCUGACGGUAAAGAACCUUAUCCGGGCUUGUCAAAUAUUCAAACACGAGCUAAAAUUGUGGUCCAGAAUUAUCGCAUGGAAAUGCCAAAGACAGCGCCUACAGAAGUUUCAAGACUAGUUUAUGACUGCUGGAAAACGGAACCCACCGAAAGGCCAACUUUUGCGGAAAUCUACGAUCAGUUGAAGGCACUUAAGAAGAAGAAAUAA